AUUACCAGAGAGGGAAAACUGCCAUUAAAAGACACGGAGUUGGUAGAAAAAAAGGAUCUCCCUGGAAUAUCCAUUAUGAGUGCAUCAGUUGGUGGGCUCCUCCUUUUUUCACUCAUAAUAUUUUUACUUCGCCGCAUACUUAGAAGAAGAGCCGUAAGAAACAGAGAGGGUAACAAUCAAUCCAAUAUAUCUGACACUGUUGAAAUGAUAGUACCGAAUGGCUGCAAUGAAAUGGAGAAGAAGGAACCACUGGAAUUACUAUCUUCCAGUAAUGAGGACAAAAAAUUAUGGCUAGAGAACCAGCUUCUGCAAACUCGGAUAGUUGAUGUACGGAUUGGUAACAAGCUGAAUGGAAUCACUGAAACAUUACCAAAGUAUCAAGGUUUUGAUACACUUGAAAACAACAUUAAACCAAAACUUAUUAAAAUUUUGAAAAAUCAAGAUAUUUUACUUCAAAAAGUUGCUAAACUUGAAGUAGCCUUAAGUAAAAUGAAAAAUGUAAUAAAAAAUGAGAAAAAUCAUGAGAAUAUGAAGGUAGAUAAUAUGUUUGAACCCAUUGACAAUAUCCAAGAUCUCAACAGCCUUGAAGACAAAUUGAAAGAUAAAGAUAUAUUCGACGAAUUUCUAAGAAAAACCAAUGAAAUUUGUACUUUAAAUAGGAAAAUUAGCAACACGGCCAAAGAUGAUUGCUGCCACGUGAUUGACUAUUUUUUCACAAGAAAUUUCAUGACUCAAUGUUCCUGGACAGGUGCCUGUAAAGAAAGAAAUAUGGAAAAAAUUCCUUUCAAAAUUUAUAAAAAUGUAAUUGCACUUUUUUUUGAGGUCAUUCAUUUAUCGAACAAAACGUUCACUAAGCAACAUUGUGAAACAUUUUUCAAGAACGUCAUGAAGAAUUCGACUCGAAGAAACAAUAAUAGUGCAACAAGUCGACAGACAAAAUCCAAAAACUUGAAGCUGUGUUUCCUAGGUACAAAUAAUACUGUUACUGAGUCGUCAAAUCGAGAGAUGGAAACUGUUCAUCAUGAAGAAAAGGAAGGUCAACAAAAUUCUGUUCAUGAUUGAAAGAACAAUAAAUUGAAGUUUAUAAAAAUAUCAUAGAGUAAUAAGAGUGGAACUACAUAUAGAGUUGGUGAAACUAAUGACUUUAUUAAUGGCAUGAAAAUAAUCAACAAUGUUAUUCCUUAUAUAAAUGGCAUAAACUUUGGUUUAUACAUAAACUUACUGAAAGGCACUGAUUAUUUAAUGUAAAUAUAAUUUGGAAUAUGAUAUUCCAAAUUAUAUGCACUUUUUUAUGGGCAAUUGUAUACGUUUUUAUA